AUGAGAAAUGAGCAUCUUGAGAAUACUUUAGAAGAAGAGAUAGCAGAGCUAAGAUCUGAAAUCUCCAGUCUAAAAGAUCAGCUAUAUCAAGCUAGAAAAGAUAUGCAAGAUAAAGGAAAAUAUAUUUUUAGUUUAGAAGAGCAGUUAUGGGAUGAUGAUAUCUCAGAUUUUCUUGCAAAACUUAGAUUAUACUUGCAAAAUCAAGGUGUAAAUUCAGUAGAUAAUGCAGGUAGUCCACCAACUGGAAAAGAAGUAGUAAUAGGGUAUUUAAGAGGAUGUAUGAGUGAAAGAACCCUAGAAUGGUUUGAUGAGGAGAUUACUACAAGAUAA